CACAUGGAAUCAUAAAUUACCACAAACACAGUGGGAAUAUGCUGCUGCUCUAUGUAAAUAGUGGCUCUUCCGUUAAUCCCGUAUGUAAAUGGCAGCCAAUAGAUGCUGUUGUUGAGUUGGGCUGGGAUUAACAGGAGGCGAAUGAGUUUCAAUUUUACUGGAUUACAGAACAAAGAGAGGGGAAAGGGACACCCUGCUCUGUUAAAGGGGUGAGACGAAAAACAAGAGGAAUAAACUGGGCUAAGAAGGAAUAUCAAAACAAGCAAUGGACAUUUAAAAGAUAAUUUAAAACCUAACAUCGAAAGUGAGCGCUGUGAUGUUCCGGAUUACGCCGCGUCGCUAUAUUAUGGACGGGGAAUCGUGAGCGUUUUUUGUGAUGGAUUAAGGCAGCGGGGAAUAAAAAAAACUAUUCCGGGAUUGACAAACAGCAACAAGGCUAAUUUUAAUCGCGAAUUAAGAGGCAUGGCUCAGAUGAGGAAGCUGCCAGGCGACAGCAUCCGGCCAAACGCUCGGGGAGAUCCAACGCUACCACUGGUGUCAACCAGACAAGAGAUCCUCACCAGCCUGGUGUCUGCCCUGGACUCUGUGUGCAUGGCGAUGUCAAAGCUCAACGCAGAGGUGGCGUGCGUCACUGUACACGAGGACAGCGUCAUCGCCGUCGGCACAGAAAGAGGCAGAGUGUUCCUCAAUUCCAGAAGAGAAAUUCAAACAGACUUCUACAAGUUUUGCCGGCUGCCAAGUUUGCAAACUUUGACCACCACACAAAAUACCCAUACCAAAGACCAGGAAGGAGAUCUGAACAAGCUGAGUAAAGAUGGUGAACAUGGGACACCAAGAGUUCCACCAGAGGCCCAGUCGAACGUCUUUGUCCUGAGGAAGAUGGUGGAGGAAGUCUUCACGGUGCUCUACAGUGAAGCCCUGGGAAAGAGCAGCCUGGUCCCUGUGCCUUAUGACUGGAUCCAGAAGGACCCCAGCUGUGUGGUGGCCCACGGCCUGCCCGAAGGUGUCUCCCUGAAGAAACCCUCCGAGUACGACAGCAAGACUCUGAUGAAGAUUCUAGAGCAGAGCCAUAGAAUCCAGAUUAGUGUAAAACGGCCAGCAGAAGAUUUGUUUCGUGAAGCCAAAUCUGGCACGGACAUCAAUCACAAUGCUUCCACCGCCGCCAUCGUGACGCCAAGCAGCCACGGAGCAGUGAAGACGACGGCUCAGGUGGCCACGUCAGCCAGCCCUGCCACUUCCAAUAGCAGCAGCAGUAGCGGUGGCAACAACAACAACAAUAACUCCUCCGUGGUGUCAAACUUCUUGUAUGGCAUGCCCAUGUCCUCCAAACCUCAUCCUGAAAGUAAGCUGGACUUCAAACCCCUGUCACUGCUCAACCUGGGCAUAGACAGACUGGCCAACUGGACUGCAGGGACAGACAAGAACCUGUCUGCCAAGGAGUGCAGCAGCAGUGAUGAGAUGUCAAGACUACCUGGUGGUGAACAGGGUCAGAGUCCUCCUGGUGUCCACAUCUCCAAGAGGCUGCUCUUCUCCAUUGUGCAUGAAAAAUCAGAAAAAUGGGACUCAUUCAUUCGGGAAACAGAAGAUAUCAACACGCUGAGAGAGUGUGUGCAGAUUUUAUUCAACAGCAGAUAUGCUGAGGCCCUGGGUCUGGAUCACAUGGUGCCUGUUCCUUACCGCAAAAUAGCCUGUGACCCUGGGGCCGUGGAGAUCAUUGGAAUCCCCGACCAGAUCCCCUUCAAAAGGCCCUGUACUUACGGCGUUCCCAAGCUCAAACGGAUCCUAGAUGAGCGCCACGGAAUUCGCUUCAUAGUGAAACGAAUGUUCGAUGAGAGGAUUUUCACUGCUGCAGGGAAGAUGGCAAGGGAGGAAGGAAAACAUGACCUGGUCUCCACGCCCGAAGACGCUUUCCCAGACGGUCUCAGCCUCCUGCCCGCCACUGCCGCCGAGCUGCUCAGCAAUCCUCUCAGCAGCAGAUCAACAAGUGCGUGUGUGAGUCCACUGGCCGACUGUGAAGCAGGUCCUUCAGGAGAUUGUAUUUCUGUGAAAAGGAUUAAAACGGAGCCUCCAGACGGAGAAGUCAUUCACGUUAUAGUUCCAGAGGCCGGAGGUACAGUUCCAGAGGAGUCCAAUGAGUCUGUGGUCGAGCCUCUGGUGGCAGGCACAGCUGUGGGGGUGUGUUCUGCCACGGCCUCACCCUCAGCUACCUCUGCUCCCCCUCCUGCUGCUCCCCCUGUCUCUCACCAUCCCAUCACGAUGGAGAACCACACAGCUGAGGCUCUUUCUCCCACUGCCUCCUCCCAGAACAUCAGAAGAUCCUCUGAAGCUGGAAGUUUGGUGGAAGACAUCAGUGAGAUGAUUCUUCAGCUACGGAGACAAGUGGAGAGUUUGUUCAGCAUUAAGUACGCCGAAGCCCUUGGUCUUCCUGAGUCGGCCAAUGUCCCGUACUCCAGGUUCCAGAUGUAUCCAGAGGAUCUGUACGUCACUGGGCUGCCGGAGGGAAUCGCGCUGCGAAGACCCAGCUGUUUUGGAGCGGCCAAACUGCGCAAGAUCUUAGCUGCUGGUCAUCAGAUCCAGUUUGUAAUCAACAGACCUGAGCUGUUAACAGAGCAAGUCAAACAAGAAAUGCCUUCAAUUCCUGUCUGUGAAUCAGAUCUGGACAAGGACGUAGUGGUGACAGAGGACAGCGCAGCCAUAUCCAAAAGACCUGGGUUCUCAGAGUGUCUGGAGUCCAAACUCUCCAGGAUCGACCUGGCCAACACUCUGCGGGAGCAGGUCCAGGAUCUGUUCAACCGGAAGUACGGGGAGGCGCUGGGCAUCAAGUACCCGGUGCAAGUGCCUUACAAGAGGAUCAAGAACAACCCAGACUCAGUCAUCAUCCAGGGUCUGCCGCCUGGGAUUCCUUUCAGGAAGCCCUGCACCUUUGGCUCCCAGAACCUGGAGAGGAUCCUGGCCGUGGCCGACAAAAUCAGCUUCACCAUCACCAGACCUUUUCAAGGACUCAUUCCCAAACCAGCACCGCGAAGAGUCACUUUGUUGAAGAAGGCCUAUUCCUCCAUAAGCGAUGACGAGGACAUGAAUCGAAUGGGAGAGAAAGUAGUUCUGAGGGAGCAGGUCAAGGAACUGUUCAACAAAAAAUACGGUGAAGCUCUGGGCUUGGACCGCUCCGUCAUGGUGCCAUACAAGCUCCUCCGGGGCAGCCCAGAGUCGGUGGAAGUCUGUGGCCUUCCAGACGAUAUCCCCUUCAGAAACCCAAACUCCUAUGACAUCAUGGCCUUGGAGAAGAUUCUUCAGGUCGCCGACAACAUCACCUUCACCAUCAAGAGCCAGUUACAGCCUUUUGCAGAAUUCUGCAGCCAGCCAUGUGACACCGGUAGGUGAUGUGUUUAAAGACUUCAGUUAAAUCCGUCUUUUACUGA